UGUGUGUGUGUGUGCUGAAAUGGGGGAGAACUGUUGUCAGGAAUGGAUUCAGCACUGGUGGUGGGACUCUCCUGCCGUGUGGGCUGCAGUACCAGAGCUGACCAGGCGGGUGCUCUCAGCACUGGUGGUGGGACUCUCCUGCCGUGUGGGCUGCAGUACCAGAGCUGACCAGCGGGUGCUCUCAGCACUGGUGGUGGGACUCUCCUGCCGUGUGGGCUGCAGUACCAGAGCUGACCAGCGGGUGCUCUUAGCAGCCAGAAGCUCACAAUCAGCCAAACCUGGGGCUGAUUACAGAAAGGUGUAUAUAAGGCAUGACCAGGCCUGU